GCAAACAGACCGCAGAGAAACAUCCAGCAAGGAGGGGACACCGUCAGAGACCAGGAGGAGGAGGGAGGGACCGACAGACACCGAAACAAACGGCGCUGACAAUCCCGCACCGGUACCGUCGUGACAGCGGCUGUGGGCAGCACGGAGCGGCGUUGAGGGCCAGCGUUUUCAUCCCCUGUAUGUUCAGAAACAGCCCGUCGUCACAAUGACAGCAGAGGAAACCAUAAAUGUGAAGGAGGUGGAGAUCAUCAAGGUGAUCCUGGACUUUCUCAACUCCAGGAAGCUGCACAUCAGCAUGCUCGCUCUGGAGAAAGAGAGCGGCGUCAUCAACGGGCUCUACUCAGACGACAUGCUCUUCCUCAGGCAACUGGUCCUCGACGGGCAGUGGGAUGAGGUCCUGCAGUUCAUUCAGCCUCUGGAGUGCAUGGACAAGUUUGACAGAAAAAGGUUUCGUUACAUCAUCCUCAAGCAGAAGUUUCUGGAGGCUCUGUGUGUGAAUAACGCCAUGUCUGCAGAAGACGAGCCACAGCACCUGGAGUUCACCAUGCAGGAAGCUGUCAAAUGCCUCCACGCCCUGGAGGAGUUCUGUCCGUCUAAAGACGACUACAGCAAGCUGUGUCUGCUCCUCACACUCCCUCGCCUCACAAAUCAUGCUGAGUUCAAGGACUGGAACCCGAGCACGGCCAGAGUUCAGUGUUUCGAGGAGGCCUGCACCAUGGUGGCCGAGUUCAUCCCCGCAGACAGGAAGCUGAGUGAGGCUGGAUUCAAGGCCAGCAGGGAUCGACUAUUUCAGCUGCUUCUCAAGGGAGUCCUCUAUGAGUGCUGUGUCGAGUUCUGCCAGAGCAAAGCGACGGGCGAGGAGAUCACAGAGAGCGAGGUCCUCCUGGGCGUCGACAUGCUGUGCGGUAACGGCUGCGACGACCUGGACCUGUCGCUGCUCUCCUGGAUGCAGAACCUCGCCCAGACCGUCUUCUCCUGCGCCUUCGAACAGAAGCAGCUCAACAUCCACAUAGACCGCUUGGUCAAGCCUGCUAAGACCGGCUACUCUGAUCUCCUCACCCCGCUCAUCAGCAAACUGUCGCCAUACCCCUCCUCCCCCCUUCGCCGCCCACAGUCCGCUGACACCUACAUGUCGCGCUCCUUGAACCCAGCGCUGGACGGGCUGUCCUACGGGCUCUCCGGCCAGGAUAAGCGAGCGAGCGCCGGGGAAAUAGCGCCGGGUAAAGGGGUCUCUCCGAUGUCCCACUCGUUUGCCAACUUUCACUACCCCGGAGCAGGAGGGCAGAGCUUGAGCAGGAGUCUCAUGAUGGAGAGCUCCGACUGCCACAGCAUCUUUGAGGAAUCCCCUGAAACGUCGAGGACAGACACACCUGUGGAUAAGAUGAUGGGCUCAGCUGGAGCCCAGAACACGCGUCCUGCCUCAGCUCCGGGCGAAGACGCUCCGUCAGCUGGUUCCGCUGACAGGAAUGAGGUAAACAUCAGCGACUUUUGCUUUUUGAACUUGUUAGGCCUGUUGCAUGCGAACACAUUUCCAAACAAGUGCUGUGUUUUAUUAAGCUUCCCUAAUUGUUUUCUUUCGUUAAUGGGUGUUGCCUACAGUACCAGUUCCGAUUACUGGCGCGAUGCCAGCGUCUCUGUCCUCCCCCCCCCGGCACGCGUUCUAACCAGGCUGUCGGCCUGCAGGUCCAUCCAGAAGCUGGAAGAGCUCAACGUGGGGAUGGAGAAUUUGGGAGAAGAGGUAAAGUCUCUGACGCAGCAGUGUAAUGGCAACGGGAACACGCCCGCCUCCGAGGACAAUAACAACCCUCCGUCUGUAACCCCCGAGCAGAGCCGGACCCGAGGGGGAGGGGUGCUCAGCAGCACCCCGCAACGCACCGUAGGGGGUCGGCCUGUGCCGCCUCCAAAUGAGUCCCCUGUCGUCACAAUGAGUGGGCAAAAACCAAAAGGAGGCCAACAAGGUGACUCUCCCGGCUCUUUAUCCCGAAUUAAAGAGGGUGACAAAGCAAAAAGCCUGUUUGUACCGGUGCAUUCUUUGGAAGACACUCAGGCUAUUCGAGCCGUUGCCUUUCACCCGUCUGGAGCGCUGUACGCUGUGGGCUCCAACUCCAAAACGUUACGCGUGUGCGCUUAUCCAGAGACGCUCGACACGAGUGGUUCAAGUCCAACAAAGCAGCCGGUGGUUCGCUUUAAGAGGAACAAACACCACAAAGGGUCCAUCUACUGUGUGGCCUGGAGCCACUGUGGGCAGCUGCUGGCUACAGGCUCCAAUGACAAAUAUGUCAAAGUGCUGCCUUUCAGCGCAGAGACGUGCAACGCCACAGGCCCAGACCUGGAGUUUAGCAUGCAUGACGGUACCAUAAGAGACCUGGCCUUCAUGGAGGGGCCUGAAAGUGGAGGAGCCAUCUUGAUCAGUGCCGGGGCCGGAGACUGUAACAUCUACACCACAGACUGCCAGAGAGGACAGGGUCUGCACGCCCUCAGUGGACAUACAGGACACAUCCUGUCUCUGUACACGUGGGGCGGCUGGAUGAUCGCUUCCGGCUCUCAAGAUAAGACGGUGCGUUUCUGGGACCUCAGAGUGCCCAGCUGUGUGCGGGUAGUGGGAACUGCUUUCCAUGGCUCAGGGAGUCCAGUUGCCUCAGUCGCAGUUGAUCCUAGUGGCCGUCUCCUAGCAACAGGACAGGAAGAUAGUGCAUGCAUGCUGUAUGACAUCAGAGGAGGACGCAUCGUCCAGGUGUACCGGCCGCAUGCCAGUGACGUUCGGUCCGUUAGGUUUUCCCCCGGAGCGCACUACCUGCUCACUGGUUCCUAUGACACAAAGGUCGUGGUCACCAACCUCCAAGGUGACCUGACCAAACAGCUGCCUCUGACCGUGGUGGGAGAACACGGUGACAAAGUGAUCCAGUGCCGAUGGCACACACAAGACCUGUCCUUCCUCUCAUCCUCUGCUGAUCGCACUGUCACACUUUGGACACACAAUCCAUAACACACACACACUUGUAUGCGCACACAAACACACACAUACACACAGAGCCAGUUGUUUCUAUCUGACACAUUCCCCUAAAAUAUUACUGCUCCUCUGCAUUGUAAACACUGACCCACCCUUACACACACAGACACACACACACACUCGUAGGUACACAAACUGGUGAACAAGCCUUUCCUUCCUGUCUGUAGUAAAGCAAAUGGGACUCACACCUGGGACACAUCAAAAGCACACUUGUUGCAUGUUCUCCUUUCUUGAUCACCACACUGAGGAGUAAAACUGCAGGAUUCUUCGUCGUUCUUCGUCCUGUAAUUCCCCCUGCGUUUUUGCUCUCUGCUCACACCAAUCAGUUGCUGCAUGUCCUUUUUCCUAAAGGGAUGAGUAGGAGAGACAGGACAGGAGUGCUUUGUUCAUGAUGGUGCCUUCCUUGAGUUCUCAGUUUCCAUAACAAAAACAAAACAAACAAACAAAAAAAAAAGUCCUUUUUUUAAGAUCAAAUUUUGUUAAGUCAUUUUGAGAAUCAUACAUUCCUCUUUUUGCAUAUCAUUAUUUUUACAGCUGGUGAGACGCUGCUAUUGUUUAAGAAAGACAAAAAUUUGAUGUAAAAUGUAGUUUUUCCAGUGUUUCAGUAGUGAGCUUUUCCUCUCAGGAGGCCGAAUCUAUGGAAGUCAGGCUAUCUUGUGCUUCCCCGUGGGGUGUCUAACAUUACUGUAUGCACUGUAUUACUGCAGCUCCAACUGUGUAAACGAGCUAGUGUGUUUAAAUUUAAAAUCAGUGUUUGUUUUUUUGUUUUUUUUCUUCUUUUUUUUUGCGCUGAUGCUGUUCCGGUGUCUUUGCAGUGGCUUGCUCGUUACUAUGUUAGUAUCAAAGGGAAGUACAGCAUGUGAUUAUUGGUUGGGCGCCCUUGCAUUCAGUUUGGAUUUGGCUGUGCUCAAAAGCUUUGGCUUGUCUACUGCUGUGUGUGUGUAAUAUCAGUAGAUGGCAGUCUUUUCCCCAAACAAGGGUCUGACCAUAUGCACAAUGGAAUCUGGAUAGAAGCACGGGUGUUUUGAUAUUUAUUUAGAACCCGUGUUUGGGGCAUAUGCAUAUUAUUUUAUUUUUUAUUUUAACCUGCGCACUUUGUCCUUUUAACAUCAUCUUCUAAUAUUGACUUACUUGCAGAGAUGCAUAUUUAAGUUUAUAUGUUAAUGUAUAGUAUAUAUUAUUUUAACAACGAAGGCCAAACUAAUACGUACAUAGAUGUAUUUAUUUCAGUUGUGUUUAUGUAUGUACAGUUAGUUUUUGAAAUGCUAGUGGCUCUUGUAUUAAGCCUUGUUUUUAAAAGUGACAGAUGAGUUCAAGCUAACUGAAGUCUGACUGCUGGUACGUUCAAUAAAGUGUCUUUUA